AUGCGUGGCUUCGUGAUCUCAAAACUUCAUCGCUCAAAUCACCCUGGCGAGGACAUGACAUGGAUCCAAGAGCUGUGGCCAGGCCUGAAACCAUCUGACAUCAAUGAAGAGCAUUACGCGGAGUUUCUGCGCUUUGCUGACGCACAAAUCGAGAUUUUCAACUCAUUCUGCCCCGAGCCAAGCCCUAUCCAGAACUUAUUGGACGCUUUGCGGCUCGUCUCGGUGUUCCAAAAUGAAGCCAAUCUGACGAGGCAGCGAGCAGCGGAGCUCGCCGCGUCGAUGGUGGCACCGGACGGGUCUGUUGAUUCAGACCAGAACAGAGACUUGAUUUGGCGUUGCGUAGAACUGGCAGCUCGCUUAUGGGCCACGUUGAAUAUUCAUAUUCCGUCCGACGCGUCUUGCAUGUCGGCUUCUAGGAAUACCCCGGCUGUGUUUCCCGGACAGUUGUCAUACGUUUGGAUUGACGACAGCACACUACAAGCUUUCGUUCUCGGAAGCCUCGAGAACAGGAGACAAUGCAGCGAGCAACUUAUUCCUCUAUCUCAAGGCACAAAGCUUGAGCCAAAAUGCACCAUGGCAUACCUGUUCCAGGCCUAUGACUUCCGCCCUCACUGGACAUCCAACUUGGCCGACCAUCUCAAGAUCGACACCGAUAGCAGAACCAUUACGAUAUACGAGCACAAAAUCUGUCUGUGGAACCACAUUCUAUCUGCAAGGAAUAAGGGCCAGUGGAACAGUCCACACGGCGAGAAGGACCCACCACCGAUACUGUCACAGUCAGUGCUCACUGAGGCAAUAGACACGCUCAACCUCCUCUUCCCGUUCGGCGACGAAGCGACAGAGGCUUUCCUAAAGCGAGAGAGAAAGGUCACCUCGUUCUACGGGCUAGGGAGCUGCACCAGGGACCGGCAGCUGGACACAGAGAGGUACCACUUCUGGCGCAAGGAGAUCGAGGAGAUCGCAGCCAUCCUCUCGCAGCCCCCGAGGGGCAAGGCUCAGUUCCUGCUCGACAGGGACGGGACCAACUCCCGCGAUGUCUGGACGUUCUGGACCGCCAUCGCAUUCGGCGUCCUCGCGGUCAUCGGGGUGGCCACUGGGGUGUACUCGGCCGUGUACGCGAGGAAGGCAUUCGACGUUGGUGUAUUGCAGUAUGAGCUGGCGUUGGCGCAGGCCUGCUCGGCAGAGAACGCGACGGAUGACCUGCCCGGCUUCUGCCACUGA